AUGUGCAGUAAGGAACACACUAUUCAAUUAAUAAAUGUGGCCGAUAACGAUAAAUUUACACAUUCGCUUAUAUUAGUGAAGGGUGUUAUAGUGAACCGCUGCGAUCAAAGCAUACUGAAAGUAAAAAUCAACAAUAGUGAUUAUCCUGCAUCUAGUACUGUGAAAUUUAUUAAUGAAAAACGAGGGCAAUUCAAACUUCUUUUGAAACUUAAAUCUGGUGAAAACAAUCUGACUCUCAUUUACUGUAACCACGAACUUGAAUUGUGUUUAUUCUACGAAGAAACAAACCAUAAUUACACGGUUACACCUUUGUAUAUAAUAUGUAAAGGACAUAAUGGACACUACCAAUCCGAUACGGAAGAUAAUGGAAUCGAAAAUGCAUGUGAAAAGAUCACUUUAGGCGUAGAAUUAGUGCAAUGCCUAUAUGCUGAGAAACUUUCCGAAAAGGGUUUCGGAAGGAAAACUUUUACAAUUGGUUGCAAAUGCUAUCCGUUUUACAGCUCCUUGCCACUGACAGAUUCAAAAAAUAUGACUGACCAAGAGUUAUGGACAUAUUUUGCAAAUGAAAUUCUAGGAUCUGAGUUAUUCCUUCCUGAAAAGCAAAAAUUUGUAGGAUUUAUUAGUAGUACCUAUUACGAGGGUAUAUCAGGCAAAGAUUUCUCUUAUGAAACAAUAAAACGUCGAACGACGGGACACGCUGCUCUUGGCGGUGGUGGAUUUGCGUUGUUUGGUACAGGUUGUUUAUAUACGUGGCCAAGAAAAUUGAUUGAUAUUAUACCAGCUUUCCUGAAUACCAAGUUAGUCAAUCGUGAGCUUUUUAUGGACGAUAGCAACUAUCGGUAUACGUACGGUGGCUGCUUCGCUACAACUAUUGGAUCAGUUUGUCACGAAAUGGGUCAUAUAUUUGAUCUCGGCCAUACGAAGGACGGACUCAUGGGCUCCGGAAUAGAUCUCAUUAAUCGGGUGUUUACGUUGCCAACCAUGACGGAUAUAUUACCAGAUCGAAUUGUCAGUCGGACUGGUUUGAAGAGAGAACUUAUGAAUAGUAAACUAACCACAAUUAAACGACCAGGAGAAUUUCUUCGUAAAUAUCAUCAGCAAAAGGAAAGUGAUGUCACGUAUUUCUCAGAUAAUUGUGCUCUCACUUUACAUUUGAACAAAUGGUUCAAUUCCAACUCAACAACAUGCGAUAAUAAUUGUGAUACUAAGCUUAGUUUCAACUUUGUUACUCGUUUUAUAACUAGCACACAUUCAUUCAUCAAACUCGUAGAGUUACGUGAUAAAGGGAAUGGGAUGCUAAAAAUGUUCUGGUCAUUUCAAGAUACAAAUACGGUAUGUUUUAAGAUUGUAGAAGAUAUACCAUUGGACGGACUGACAUUGUUUGUGAUUGAUAGUUUUGGUAAUAUUCUAAAACAAGAUUUAUAAAAAAUAGUGCAUUCAGUUUUCUUGUUUAUACUGCCAAAUGUUCAUUGAAAUUAUUAGUUAUAUAUUAGGAAAAUACUUAUUCCUUAUAUCUCACGAGAACAUAUUUUUCCAACUAAAUAACUGUGUUCGCAAUGAAGCUCAUAAAUAUACGAAAUAUUGUUUGAAAAUGACAUUAUUUAUUUCUGUCACAUCCUUUUUGCAAAAAUAAAAUUAUCCUUAGUAAAAGGGAACAGAUAAAAUUAAGAGUUGUUAUGGAAAAAAUCAAAUCGAAAACCGUUAUGUAAUACACUGAGGUCUUUUUUUAUGCGGUCUUUUAUAUGCGUCUUUUACGCGACUUUUUUUAUGCGAAUUUAUGCGAGUUUCAGAGUUAUGCGGUCUUUUUUUAUGCGAAGUUUCAGAAAUGUUAAGCAAACACUUGAAAAACCCAUUAGUAAAAAAAUGUCCAGAGGGCCAAGUACCAUUCGACUCAGUUCAUCGUGCUCAGCAAUGUCUGUGUGUGUAUGUGUCAAAUAAUCUCGCUAGGUUUUCUCGGAGAUGGCUGAACCGAUUUAGACAAACUUAGA